GUGGCAGGCAGAGGGAGAAGCAGAUUUCCCGUUGAGCAAGAAGCCAGAUUCGGGACUGACCUUGGGACCCUGGGAUCAUGACCCAAGAGGAAAGCAUACGCUUAACCAACUGAGCCACCAGAGUGUCCCAGGUCUCUCUCACUUCAAGCCUGCAUACUUUCACUUCUUACUUGAGUGCACUUGCUACUUGAGUACAAAUCUUCCCGUGACCUUCAGGAUAAAACCCCAGCUCCUUAGCAUGAUGCACAAGGACUUCCUCGAUCACUGCCCUCCUAAUUUCUCCAGAAUCUUCUCUGUUGCUCCCUAUCUCCCAGUCUUCAUUCACCUCUAUCUACCUCUGUGACUCCAUGCAUUCUGUUUCCUUUGCCUAGAAGGUCCUUCUUCUUACUUCCUCCCAAAAGAAUCCUGUUCAUCACUCAAAACCCAACUCAGAUAUCCCCCUGUAAACUCUUUCCUGACCUCUUCUUUAGCAGUCUCAUUCCUUUUCUCCAAGCCCCUGUUACACUGCAAAGUAAGGGUCGGCAAACAUUUUCUUAAAUGACCAGAUGGUAACUAUUUGAGAUUGUGUUGGCCAAGAGGCAAAACUAAGGGAUGGCACUAUGUAGGUACUAUAUAACCAUUUAAAAAUGGAAAAAAACCCUCUUGGCUCAUGGCCCAUACAAAAACAGAUGGGCAAGGGGUGGGGGUGCCUGGCAACUCUUGAUUUGAGGGGUUGUUAGCUGAAGCCCCGUGUUGGGUAUAGAGCUUACUUUAAAAAACAAAACAAAACAAAACUGAUGGCAGCCCCAGAUUUGGUCCAUAAGCCAAAGUUUGCUAACCCUUACUUUAGAGAAUCAAUUAAACAUUUACAUAUUUACAUAUCUUUUAUUUACAUAUUUGUGUCCCCUGCUAGACUAUAUGCAUAUCUUCUUGUAUCCCCAGUGUCUAGCUCAGAGUCCAGUGCAUAGUAGGAAUGAAACAUGUGUUAGUUGAAUGAAGAGAUGAAUGAAUGAAUGAAUGAACAGACAAACAGUGGGCUGAGCCCCUGUGUGGAGUGAAGCCAGAAUCCUGGAUGCUUCUUUUCCCACCUUUCUUCAUCUGGCUCCGUUUAUCAGAUGUGCUAGGGUACCACAUGGGACCCUGCCCACCACCCUCCUCCCCAGUAUGAACCACCUCUGAGUCCCAGAGAGCAGAAAGGCAGUGCUCCCUCCUAACAAACUCAAGGCCGCUAGGGUGUCCAGAGCUAUUCCUGAAACUUGGUUUUCCCCUAGAGAAGUAGCCCAGAUAUUCUGAUGGUCUGUCUCCAUGUCUGGAUAAUUCUUGGCAAUGAACUUAGAGGUGUCCUGCUAUGCAAAGAGGGGAAGGAAACAGAACUUAUGUCUUUAGGAAGGAGUGAAACAGCUUUGGUGUAAGUAGCAGGGGAUUUUCAACAGAGAGGCCCAGAUUGCGCUAGCCAAAGCCAAGGGAGGUAAGGAAGGAAGUGGCUGAGGUUGGGUAACUGGGGAAUUUCUUAUUCAUUCAGUCUAGUAUAAGACCAUGUCUUGAAGCCUGACUGCCCACCAGAAAAAACUGCCCUUCGAGUGAGUUGGACUUCUUUCCACUGGAGUGAGAAUUGAAGGCAGGGAGACUCAGCCUCCAUCAUGCAGAACAGCUCCGUCACCAAGUUCUCCUGCUACCAUGCAUCUGUACUGGGCUAUCGUUAUGUUGCAGUUAGUUGGGGGGUGGUGGUAGCUGUGACGGGCACCGUGGGCAACAUACUCACCCUGCUGGCCUUGGCCAUCCAGCCCAAGCUCCGGACCCGCUUCAACCUGCUCAUCGCCAACCUCACGGUGGCUGAUUUGUUGUACUGCACCCUUCUCCAGCCCUUCUCUGUGGACACCUACCUCCACCUGCAGUGGCGCACUGGCGACACCUUCUGCAGGGUUUUUGGGUUUCUCCUCUUUGCAUCCAAUGCCGUCUCCAUCCUCACCCUCUGCCUUAUUGCCCUAGCACGCUACCUCCUUAUUGCCCACCCUAUGCUCUUUCCCCAAGUUUUCAGUGCCAAGGGGAUGCUGCUAGCGCUGGUGAGCACCUGGGUAGUGGGCGUGGCCAGCUUUGCCCCUCUCUGGUCCAUCUAUACCUUGGUGCCUGUAGUCUGCACCUGCAGUUUUGACCGCAUAAAAGGGCGGCCCUACACCACCAUCCUCAUGGGCAUCUACUUCGUGCUGGGGCUCAGCAGUGUUGGCAUCUUCUACUGCCUCAUCCACCGCCAGGUGAAGCGAGCAGCACAGGCACUGGACCGGUACAAGCAGUCGAGUGUCCACUCCAGCCAUGUGGCUGGGACGGAGGCUAUACCCGGUCGUUUCCAGGAGCUGGACAGCAGGCUGGCAUCAGAAAAGCCCAGUGAGGGGAUUUCAUCUGAGCCAGUCAGUUCCACCACCACUCAGACCGUGGAAUGGGACUCAUCAGAAGUGAGGAACCAGCACAGCAGGGAGGUAGCUAAGCAGAUGGCAGAGAAAAGCCAUCUAGAAGCACCAGCCAAGACCAGGCCAACUAAAAGAACCCAAAGAACUCAGGACUCUCCAUCAGAAUUUGGGAAGGUUACUCGGAUGUGUUUUGCUGUGUUCCUCUGCUUUGCCCUGAGCUACAUCCCCUUCUUGCUGCUCAACAUCCUGGAUGCCAAAGCUCACGCUCCUCCAGUUGUCCACAUGCUCACUGCCAAUCUCACCUGGCUCAAUGGUUGCAUCAAUCCUGUGCUCUAUGCAGCCAUGAACCGUCAGUUCCGCCAAGCCUAUGGCUCCCUCCUAAAACGAGGGCCCCAGAGCUUCCGUAGGCUCUGCUCCAUUAGAACCUUGUCCCCAGUCACCAGAAUCCAAGACUGACUGCUCCAGAACUAAAGUGGCCAACUGGUAGGGAGUGGAUGAAAGUAAGACCUGUGGGCUUUUUCACAGACAGUUUUCCUCUCACCUGCAAACCAGGCUUCUCCAUCCCUUGAUGAAUGCUUCAUCUCUAGGCUGCGCAAGGUGCAUUAUAAUUAAUAAAUGAAUUCUAUUCUUUUAA